ACCAUCUUCUUAGACCUCUCCGUGCACUAAGAGAGACAGAGAGAAGAUAGAGAGAGAGGCGGAGUGGGGGGCAGCAAAAUGGAUUUCUCACGCCUCUAGGUUGAACUAGAUGAGUUUCAGGGUUACGUUGAGCUUUCAAUCCAAUAUACACAAUAACAUCCAAAAAGUUUACCAAUUUUAAAAUCGCAAGUGAUUAGCUGCUUAACCAUGGAGGAUUCUGACCCUGAAAGCAUUGAGGUGAAAUCAGAAUUGCCGCAACAUCCCUCAGAAAAGUCAGCAGAUAACCGCUCAAGUUCAUCAUCACCAAACAAACAAAGCUCUAUUUUUUCCCUCACCUUAGAUGAAUUCCAAUACAAGAGUGGAAAGAGUUUUGGGUCGAUGAACAUGGAUGAACUCCUCAAUAGUGUCUGGAAUGCCGAAGGGAAUCCAUUCCCUUCACACUCAAUCCAAAAUGACGCGAGCUACAAUGAAAACGGAGCCACAUCAAUGUAUCUCCAUGGACAAGGCUCGUUUUCGAUCCCCACCCCGCUUUGUAAUAAAACGGUAGAAGAGGUGUGGGCUGAAAUCAAUCGAAAUCAAUCCCCGACGCAAAACCCAAACAUUGUGAGUAACGACUUUUCAGAACGGGAACAAACGUUCGGGGAGAUAACCCUAGAAGAUUUUUUGAUAAAGGUAGGCGUGAUUCAAGAACCAUGUACGCCUCUUCCUGCUGCUCAGGAAAUGGUAGACUGUUUCCAAAACCCUUGUGGGAAUUUUUUGAUUAGUGAUGACACGGGUUUGGAUCCAGAUAUCAGGCCAGGACCUAUGAUGGUUCUUGGAUUCUCUCAUCCAAAUCCAAACAACGGAAAUAACUUUCAAGCAAAUGGUUCACCUAUGUACCAAGUGUUCACACCUAGUGGCAGCUUCGUGGGAGAGUCGUCUAACAACAAUGUUAAUAAUGAAAAUGAAAAAUGUAACGGUGUGGGAGGGGAACCGCAAAUCAGAAGGAGGACAACAAAUGGUUCGUUCGAGCUCGCGGUGGAACGAAGGCAACGGAGGAUGAUAAAGAAUAGAGAGUCUGCAGCACGGUCUCGGGCCCGAAAACAGGCAUAUACAGCAGAACUAGAAAUAGAGCUAAACCAAUUGAGAGAAGAAAAUACAAGGCUCAAGACCAUUAUGGGAGAAGCAGAGAACAAACGGAAGCCGGAGGUUUUGAAAGGGAAACAACUAACAAAGGCACAAAGAACAGCAGAGAAGAUCAAGACAAUGAGGAGGACCUCAAGCUCGGCCUGGUGAACAAAAAUAGUUUCAUAUAAAUAACACAAUAAAACCGUUUUCUUUGAGAAUUUUCGAAAGCGUAGACAUUGCAAAUCUGUUUAUUUUGUCAGCACGGUCAUCUCUUCGUUUAUGCU